AUGAAACUCAACACCAUUGGCAAACUAACUGUUAUCCUUCAAGGCAGCCUGCUGGUGGCUGCGACGUACCAGUACGAUGCGCAGGUCCCGCUUACAACGCGGACAUGUCUUCCAGCUCUGACGUACGCGCCGGAAAUCAAUAGCCGAAGAUGUUUUGACGACUUCCCGUCAUGUAGAGCUUUGGUCGGUGGAAUGGAUUCGUCAAAACACAACACAGUGGACUCGUGCGCUGGUUUCUGCGGCCAUGCUGGGUACUCACUGGCCGGGAUCAAGUAUGGCAGAAAUAGCCUAUGUGUCUGUGGAAAUGAAGUCAAUCCAGACGCAAUGCAGACUGUCGACACCGAGAGUGUAUGCGACGAAACCGAAUCCGCAUGUGUGGAGUUGAAGAUUCCCUGCUACGGAGAUAACUUGAUCGAAGUCUAUGAGAUCAGCAACCCUCUGAAUGAUUUGAAGGCUUCAAAUAACUUCCCAGAUUGCAACCGAGAACCGCUUUGCUCCAAUGAUGUGUGCAACGAGUCUCUUUCCGAUAAGGAACGAGCAACAGCCUUGGUUUCUGAGCUCACAAUCUGGGAGAAGUUGGACAACCUAGUCAAUGAAGCACCCGGUAUUCCCAGGCUCGGAGUGCCUCCAUAUGAGUGGUGGUCAGAAGGUCUCCACGGAGUCGCCUCGUCGCCGGGGACGAAGUUUGCUUCGCGAGGGAACUUCAGCUACGCGACCUCAUUUCCGCAACCCAUCGUCCUUGGCUCGGCUUUCGAUGAUGAGCUGGUUCGAAGAGUAGGGGAGAUUGUGAGCAAGGAAACGAGAGCUUUUAGCAACGCUGGCAGGUCCGGGUUGGAUCUCUACUCUCCUAAUAUCAACGCCUUUAAAGACCCCCGGUGGGGAAGAGGUCAAGAAACACCCGGCGAAGAUCCCUUCCACCUACAAAACUACGUCUCGGCCAUGCUCACAGGCCUCGAAGGAGAUGGCACUUCCAAGAAAGUGAUCGCGACGUGUAAGCACUACGCGGCCAACGAUUUCGAGAACUACAACGGAGUCGACCGGUCUGGCUUCGAUGCGAACAUCACAGCCCAAGACUUGUCGGAGUACUACCUCCCGCCAUUCAAAACUUGCGCCGUGGAGAAGAACGUUGGGUCGUUCAUGUGCAGUUAUAACGGCAUCAAUGGCACGCCUCUUUGCGCCAAUGCCUAUCUUCUGGAGGAGAUCCUACGGAAGCACUGGGAGUGGAACGGAGAUGGCCAAUAUGUGUCCACAGAUUGCGAUUGCGUGGCACUUAUGGUGUCCUAUCAUCACUAUGCGCCUGAUUUGGGCCAUGCCGCGGCGUGGGCGAUGAAGGCAGGGACAGAUUUGGAGUGUAACGCGCUCCCUGGCUCCGAAGCCCUGCAGUUGGCAUGGAACCAGUCGCUUAUCACUGAGAAAGAAGUCGACAAAGCUCUCACCCGAAUGUACACGGCAUUAGUAUCGGUUGGAUUGUUCGACUCGGAGAAAGAGGACCCGCUGCGCUCGCUGAGCUGGGCCGAUGUAAACACCAAAGAAGCUCAAGAGCUUGCAUAUAAAGCGGCCAUUGAAGGAGCUGUGCUGUUGAAAAACGACGGAAUUUUACCUCUGUCGACCGAGUCUACCAAGAAGUAUGCCCUUGUCGGCCCUUGGGUCAGUGCCACUAAGCAGAUGCAAGGCAAUUACUUCGGUCCAGCUCCGUACCUGAUAUCCCCUCACCAAGCUGCGGAGCAAUUGGGCAUAGACUUCACUUAUUUUUUGGGAUCUAGGAUCAAUAGCUCUGAUGCGUCAUCUGCGCAAGCUAUCAAGUCUGCCAAAGCUGCGGAUGUUAUCAUCUUUAUGGGUGGGGUUGACAAUACACUGGAAGCCGAGACUCUUGAUCGCAAAACUCUGGCGUGGCCUGCACCACAGUUGCAGCUACUUCGGACUCUGUCAUCUCUUGGAAAACCGCUUGUCGUUCUUCAGUUUGGCGGUGGACAACUCGAUGACACUGAGCUUCUCGUGAAUAACUCUGUGAACGCCAUCCUCUGGGGAGGUUAUCCUGGUCAAUCUGGCGGCAAAGCCAUAUUCGACAUUGUAUUUGGUCGGGCAGCGCCAGCUGGUAGACUGUCAGUUACGCAGUACCCAGAAUCUUACAAUGAGGCCGUUCCAUCUACCGAUAUGAAUCUACGCCCCGGACCAGGGAACUCAGGUCUCGGCCGAACUUACAGGUGGUAUACAGGAGAGACACCAGUACCAUAUGGAUUCGGACUUCAUUACACGACUUUCGAUAUCGAUAUAGCUAUCAAAGGCCCUCAAAAGAUCUCUACAACUGAGCAGGUUGCAGCAACAAAAGACACUGCUGCCCUCGGAACUCCAGUUUGGCAGCAAAAUCUUGAGCAGCCAGUCAUUGAGAUAACUGUGUCCGCUGAAAACACAGGCAAUGUCACAUCGGACUACGUGGCGUUAGUUUUCAUGCGGUCAGAUGUUGGACCGGAGCCUCGGCCUCGCAAAACACUGGUGGGAUAUACGCGUCUUCGCGGCAUUGAACCUGGCAAGGUAAAGAGUCAUGACAUCGUGAUCACAGUUGAACGGCUCGUUCGAGUUGAUGAAGACGGAAACAGAAUAUUUUACCCCGGUGUAUAUGAAUUGUUCCUAGAUAUUGACGACGAGAAGUCGUUCAAGUUUGCGCUUGAAGGUUCUCCAGAGGUGAUUGAGGAGUUUCCGCAACCGAAAGAUCAGAAGCGAUGA